AUGCUCUCAUCACAAUCAUCACCUACUUUUCUCAUUCAAUUCAAUUCCCUCAUCAAAAAUAGACUGGGUCAAUUAUUUAAACAUUUGGCUUCAUCCACGAAUCCGGUCCUUGGUUAUUUGAUCGGAAUGAAUGGAAACGAUCAGGUUCAUAUUUUGAAUUUUAUGAAGAGUCUUUCCAAUGUGGAUCAAAGUGAAUUGGAUUUGAUGAAGCUCAUGAUGAUUCCGAAAGGUUUAGAAAUUGUGGGAUUAUAUACCACACAAGGAACACUGGCAAAAUAUCAUGGCAGUGAAGUUGUUAUUGGAUCGGAAGCUCCAGAAACAGAGAAGGUAAUAACCUCAUGGCUUUCAUCACAAUUUCCAUCUCUAUUUUCCAAAGAAAAUAAUUUUAAACAAUUGUUGGUGAUGGUUGGAGGUGGCUCUUCAUCACCACUGGAGGUGUUUAAUUUCAAUAUCUCGGAUAAAACAGCUCAAGUCAUUCGACAGGAUGCUAUUCGUGAAUUUUCUGAAAUUUCCAUUGUGGGAGACAAACAUGAAUUGCAACAACAUGUCAAAGCAUCGACGACAGCUUUUAUUAUUUCCAGAUUGCAUUGCGACUUGAUCAUUCCAUAUACAUUUGAUCCACAAGCGUCGACGAACAGCGAUCAGUCAAUGACGGAGACUUUUAAAAAACAUAUUGACUCCUAUAUUGACACUUUAAAAUCUGAAGAAAAGACAUUGAUUAGAUCUGCAUCACUAUCAACUGAUAACUCUGCUGAACAGUCUUCCAAAAAGAACAAGUCUACUUUAAGCACGACAGCUAGCGUAGCUCCUAUUGAAAUCCGUGGUCGUGAAUCAACCAUCGAGUCAAUUUUGCCUGAGAAAUUAACAGUGGUGGACACUUCAAGUCAACAAUUGAAAGUGGAUGCCAAUUUUAACAAGAAGGAAAUGACCUCAAAGAACAAGAAGAAAAAACUUCCAAAGCAAACCCUUGGAGAAUUUUUGAAACUCAGUGAACACAAAUCCGAUGAAAAUACAACAUCCUCCACAGUGAAAACCAUUUCGAAAUUCUUGCAUUUUGAUGCCUUUUUAAAUCUAUCUCCCAAUCAGUAUGGCAGUGGAAUUAUCAUUUCUUCAGACAAGAAACAUACAAAUUGCAAGCUCUCACUUGAAACAACGAGUUACAUUCCAAUUUAUCAAAAGGGUACUAUGGUAAAUAAUUUGGAUAAUUUAAGACAGGUUUUGGUUGAAGGUCUCGCUGACCAACUUGUCUUUGUCAAGAAGUAUUUUGUAAGUGGAAGUUUUCUGUUGCCACACAUUGGAUCUUCAAAGAGUAUUCGACACAUUGGAUUUUAUCCAUUUCUACCAAAAGACUAUCCUCAUGUUUUCACUUGUUGUUACCCAUUCUAUAGUGACGAUAUUGUUUUUGAGCAACGUAAUGAACAAAAUGCCAUCAAAUUGAGAGAAGAAUAUCACAAGAGAUUAUACUUUUCAUUGAAACAACCAUUCAUUCGAACCAAUCAAGCUUUGACAUUUGGUCCCUCUCCUAAAACCAAGAUUAGCGAGUUCAACAAGAAAAUCCUCAACGUCCAUCUCUAUGCAGGCUAUCCAUCAACCAUCAAAUCUACCAAUCCAAACAAUUUACAUCUCGUUCGUGGUGAUUAUUUGUAUUCACAUUAUUGUCAAGACAAAUUCAAUGAUGAAGGUUGGGGUUGUGCAUACAGAAGUUUGCAAACUCUCAUUUCACACGCACAGUAUCAUGCGGGAGCAGUUGUGGUAAAUUUACCUACUCAUCAAGAAAUUCAGAAAUGCCUUGUGGAUUGUGGUGACAAGCAAGCAUCCUUCUUGGGCUCUCGUCAAUGGAUUGGAGCUUUUGAAAAUACCAUUGUGUUGGAAAAAUGGUGUGGAGUGCAAAGUAAGGUCUUGUAUGUGAAUCGAGGAGAUGAAAUGAAUUCUCAUGCCCGUACCAUUGCAAAUCAUUUCGAUGUGAAUGGAAGUCCCAUCAUGAUUGGUGGAGGAGUGUUGGCUUACACCAUGUUAGGAAUUGAGUUUGAUGAAUUGACAGGAGAGUGUUCGUACUUGAUUUUGGAUCCUCAUUUCACUGGUAGUAUCAAUGAUCCAGAAUAUUUGGAGGAUAUCAUUUCUGGGGGCUGGUGUGGAUGGAAAACACGAGAGCAAGUGUUCAAAGAUUCUGUUUUCUAUAAUUUAUGUAUGCCUCAAUUGAGCUCUGAGGGUGUUUAA